AAAAUUUGAGUGCAUAGCGAUGGAGAAAAUGUCCCGACCCCUCCCACUGAAUCCCACCUUUAUCCUGCCUCCCUACGGCGUGCUCAGGUCCUUGCUGGAGAACCCGCUGAAGCUCCCCCUUCAUCACAAAGACGCAUUUAGUAAAGAUAAAGACAAGGAAAAGAAGCUGGAUGAUGAGAGUAAGAGCCCGGCGGUCCCCCAGUCAGCAUUCUUGGGACCCACCUUAUGGGACAAAACCCUUCCCUAUGAUGGAGAUACUUUACAGGUGGAAUACAUGGACCUGGAGGAGUUUUUGUUGGAAAAUGGCAUUCCCCCCAGGCCGUCUCAGCAUGACCACAGCCCUCACCCUCCCGGGCCGCAGCGGGCUUCCUCAGCUGCCCCCUCCGUCAUGGAUCUCAGCAGUCGGACCUCUGCACCCAUUCACUCUGGCAUCCCAUCCCCAAACUGCGUGCAGAGCCCCAUCAGACCAGACCAGCUGUUGCCAGCCAACCGCAAUACUUCGAGCCCCAUUGACCCUGACACCAUCCAGGUCCUGGUGGGCUAUGAGCCAGACCCGGCCGACCUUGCCCUCUCCAGCAUCCCCGGGCAGGAAAUGUUUGACCCUCGCAAACGCAAGUUCUCUGAGGAAGAACUGAAGCCACAGCCCGUGAUUAAGAAAGCUCGCAAAGUCUUCAUCCCAGAUGAUCUGAAGAGCACUGGACAAAAAAGUACCUGGCAGAUUUAA